GAUCGCUCCGAAUUCCGUCUCGAUGUAGCCAUUUUGAAAAGUAUGACACGAAUGCUGAUUAAAAAUUACAAACAAAUUUCCCCGCCAUCCAAACAAUCAGCAGAGCUCACUUGUCGAAUUUGAUUGACAUUGAUAUCCCUUUAGACUUGCCGCUCUUUGCUUAUCCAAGAUUGGUAAUGAGAGCGUUUAAUUCAUUUUGUGGUUUAAGACGAUUCGCCGCACUAAAUCCUCAUUUAGCACGGAACACAAUAGCUCUGAGCGAAAAAGCGACCCAAUCACUAACCAAGAUAGCCAUAAAAGAGUCGCUUUAUUCCUAGAUCGGCCUCAACUCGUUUGGGGUUUUCACUACUCAUUGCAAGGCAAUCAGAAACGAUUCAGCCAGCUGCACUUAAUUACAGCCACCGUCGACAUGUGUGAAGUUGCCAUAAAGCACGUGCUAUCACCCGGGGCACCGAAGCGCGCUUUCUGAUUGGUGCGGUCUCGUGCGCCGUUGUGACGUCCUCUCCCGAGGGAAUUGAUCGCUUCAUGCGCCGCCUUUUGCUAGCGGCUUCGUUUGAAGUAGUUUUUGCAACCUUACCGCACUUGAAAACACUUAGGACCCAAAUGCGGAGCGCUUUCGAGCACUGUGAACAUUUUCUCGCGCGAGAAACCUUUCAAGAUCAAUACGUGGAGGGCAAGAUCGCCGAUCGCGUGGCCUUCAUUUAUUUACGAUUUUUCAGUAAUCGCCUUCAACGCACAUUUUGAGCAGUUCAUCGGAGCGUCGCGAGUGAUAUAUGUAUUUGAAUAUUUGCUUUGAGAGCUCACCGCGGCUUACGUUUGAUCUCUGCGAGGCAUUCUCUUAGUGAGAUCCGACGAACAACUGUAGAGCAGGUUGGUGGCUCAACUCGACUGAAUGCGGACCGCAGUUCUCCGCGAUUUGGAAUUAUGGAUUUGAGGCAAACACAUUCGAAAAGCUCUCGAAAGGUUUAUUAUGAUCAGAGGGAAUCACAACAGAAAUCGAGUACCGCACGUGAAAUGCUACUGGCCGGAUCAGCGGCCGACUACCCCACAACUAUGCGACCCCCUCCAACCGGCGAAGAUUCGAACGACAGCGAACGCUCUAAAGGAAAGUUAGGGGUUUCCUCGAAGCCUGAAUCCUUCCAUUCAAGCUCUCGAAUGACUCCAGGGAGAUUUUCGAAGAAAGAAUCGAUCCCAGUGCGAGGUUUUCCAGGACUCGAUUCGGACGAAGAGAUGCUUGAGCGGGUAGGAUUUGAGCCCGAGGGUAGCGCCGCUUCAACUCCGCAAUUUGAGCGAUGGCCGACAAGUUUGAGCGAUAUGCUUAUGGAUUGUCAAGGAUUUAACUCUUUUUAUCAAUUUCUACGACAGGAGAACAAAGAAAAUCUUUUAGAUUUCUGGCGGGCAGCGGAAUCGUUCAAGCGAAUGGCACCGAUUUCGUAUGAACUUCGAACAACCGCCAAAGCGAUUUUCCAGAAGUUUGUUUUUGCUGCGAGUUCUGACGCUUUGGAAAUCAGCGAUACAGUUAGAAACGAAAUAGCACAGCAUAUCAAUGAUCAGUCUGUGGAUUGUGGACUUUUUGAAGAGGCCUUAUCAGAAAUUAUGGUGAACAUGAAAAAUAAUCAUUAUCCUCGUUUCAUGAACACAAGCCUCUACAAGGAUUGUCUCCAAAGCGGCGGCGAAAGUCCUAAAGAUGUAAGCUUAUGUGAACGCUAUCCACAGACACCUAGAUUCCAUUGUGGAUAUCUACCUACUCUUCCGGAAGAAAAAGUUUUAGGAUUUGACGAGAUUGAGGACGAUGGAGACCAAUUUGAAUUUGAACAACAUCGCAAAAGUGUGAAAGGAUUGUCUCAUUGUGGAAAUAGACAGGGCUCAGAUGAACACAAUGCGCGGUAAGUGACUCGCUCAAUUUCCACCAUAACAAACUGCUUUUAUAAUCUUGAGCUCAAUAGUCUGGCAAUGUUGCCGGAUUUUUACACUUGAAAUAUCUUAUUGAGUUACUCGACAGUUAAAUCUCUCUGUUUGAGUGUAGUUAUCAGCAAUUUAUAUUCAGCGUUUUCCGAAUAUGAUUGGGCCGUUGUUCAGCAAUGUUAUUGCAAUUUACUUGCUCUUGUUUUUGAGCGAUAAUCUUACCGACUUUGUAGCUAAUGAAAGCAUGAAGUAGAGAUAUUUUGUUUUGGUUUUUAUGAGAGAGAUUAGAGCGAAAAUCGUAAGGAUUACCCAAUAGAAACAGAUAUUGCUUCUCUUGAAGUUUACGUUGGAAACUUUGUCAACUUUCGAUUAUGUACGGUGCCUUGUGUACAAACCCUCAUACCGGUUAAUUGAGACUGAUGUUUAAUUUCUAAAGAAUUUUUAUCCUUUACAACGGAAGUGUUACAAUCUUAAUUUAGAAUGUGCACUAUUUACUCUGUUUUAGUCCUUCGUUGUCAGUUAUAAACCUUUUUUACUAGCUUUUCAAAUGUUUCUGCGAUGAUAUUCCAGUUGUUUGACCUGAUCCCGAUAAAAUUAGAACUAGUGAAAACUACAAAAGUAAUUGUCAUUCUCUUGGAACUAAACGCAUUGUUUCUGUGUUCGAAAUCAAUGCUUUUCUUCGUUCCGGCGAAUGAUCGCUCGCCGUGGGAACAACAUAAGUGAUCGAUCAACAAACUCGGAAAUAAAAUUUGGCAAACUUUGUAACUAAGUGACUUUUUUUUCAAUUCGGAGAGUCUUUGAUACCCCCCGAAAUGAUUGCAAAUCUGUUAAAUCUAUCAAGUUUUCUAGCAAAAUUAAAUUAUGUGUAAGAUGGAAACGCAUCAAUCUUUUGACUUCAAAUGAACUGAGCAUGUUUCUAUCGUAAGAUUGAUCGCUUUGACCGGUAAAGCGUGCUGGUUGUAUGUUCAGUUAUUGUGUAGUUUAGUUAGAAGUACUUGUAAUUUGGAGAGGGUGUGAAUUCCUAUGUUGCUGUUUCCAGCCGUGAGCGGACACUCGAGAAGCAAGUAUCGGGUUAAUGAAAACUGACGGUUCGAGGUGAUUGUUACUUUCCUAAAGACUCUGUUUUGGAUUUUAACAGGUUUCUUUUGAUUCCGUAAGGUCACUUGUUUGGCUUCCAUAUUUAUGAAGCAUGACAAACAGUCUGAAGUGAGUGGAGAUGCUAAGCAAUAAAAGGCAAAUUGAAUCUGUGCAAACAUACAUUAACAUUGGCUACUUAGCUUUCAUCGCAUAAUUGCAAAAGAAUUCACAAAUCUGAUCAUAAUAACUUGGCCAGAUUGCAGAAGGGAAUGACUGUUUUUUGCCAUGCAUAAUCUUUUUUAAAAGAAGCUGCAUUUCUUCAGAUGCUCUUUUGGGUUCCGUCGAGUGUCAUAAUCUAAAAAGGUAAUCAUUGAAGAUUAUGCAAAAGUUUGGUUAAAGAUGGAAUAUUGUCGAUUGUUUUCAAAACCUAAUGUUUUUGUACCCUUGAAAAAAGUCAUUUCUUUCAUUGAGGAUCAUUCAAGCAUGACCCUGAAGUUAAGAAGGAUGUUUUUGUUCCCAUGGGGUCAACAAGCCAGUAGUGUGCUUGAUGUAUUUCUCUAUUGUUCUCCACAUUUUUUGCCUUAUCAACUUUUAGUGUUUCCGUAAGAGCUACUCAUAGCUUGAAGACAUGCACACUGUUUCAAUUGCUUAAAGCAUGCGACUAAAAUCAUACGCAUGUUUGUAGUGAAUAAGGCUUUAAGUUAUUCUGCCGAGACAUAAUUUUUUCGUCUGCAGCAAAGAUCAAGCCUGUGCUUCUAAAAGAUUCUUUAAGUUGUUUUGACACUACAUUAGCAUAUCUAUGAUAAAGAAGAAAUUGUAGAGCGUUUAACUUUUUUACUUCAACCUUUUAAAUUUGCCAGGGUGCAUUUCUUUUGGGAGAAUCCAAAAAUUAUUAGACUAUCAAUCUCUUUUUUUGGAUUCACUGCAGUGAAAGAAAUGAACCCAAAAUGGUCUCGUUAGGCUGACAGAAACAUUAAUGCAAACCCCAUAUCCUUGCGUAAAGAAAUGCACAGCUUGUGAACCCUAAAAACCUAGAUUUCGAGUCAGUCUAAUGAAGCUUCUCAGAAUCUGACUUCUUUAGAUUCAGAAUCCAUCCAAUCCGUUUCUGGAUUCAAGAACCUGGAUUUCGAUUUGCUCAUAGAAUCACACCCUUUGCUUCUCCUUCAAAUUAUUUGGUAUUUAAGUAUCAAGUGAGCAUGUUUUUACACUUGACCCCCCUUGUGCCCAUUUUUAGAGUUGACCAGGCAUCUGACCUUAAGUGAGGCUUUUAAUACAAUCAAAGCCUGUCAAUAGGACACUGAGUGGACCAUAGAAAGUGUGUGUAUUAAGCGGGUCGAAUUUAGAAAAAAAAAAUGUAAGGGCUUUCUUUCCUCAGGGAAACUGUCCGUAACACAGUGGAACCUCGAUAUAAUGAAGGGCCAAGGGAUGGGCAAGAUUUGUUCCCUACAUCAAGGUUUUGUUAUAUAUUUGCUAUUACAGCGGUAAAGAAAAUCGUUCGGUAUAUAGAGGUUCAUUAUAUCGAGGUUCCACUGCAAUGAGGUGUCCUUAUUAUAAGUGGGUGUCCUCAAAGUGGGAUUUGACUGUAUUUGAGUGUACCCAAGUAAUUCAACUGUAAGUGAAAGUGACUUUCACAAAUUCAAACCAGAUGGUUUCUGUGUGACAGUCCUAGCUUUGACUUCACAGCUCUUGCUUCUCAUGCUUGUCUUAGCUAUCAGUCAUUAUUAUUAUUCAUCCACCUCUUCAUAUUUGAAUUGAACAUAAAGAUUGCCUUCCAUCUAAAAUUAACCAUGCCAUUGGCUGCGUAUGUUGAUAUAACUUUGCUUAGUUACCAGGCAAAUUUUGUAAGCACAUGCUUGAACCAACACCAAAGUUUGUUUACAUCUUUUAACUGCAUCUUAAGUGUGUUUUUUACUUCAUUUGUUGAAAAAAGUUAAAUAAGUAAUUAAAACUGUAAGAGCUGUUUUGUGACAAGUAUUUUAUCAAGAAUGAAAGUGUUGAUGUUGUGCAUUUCUCGAUGGCAAGAACCUUUUCUCCAACAUCUCUGUUUAACUUUUUCAUGAUUAUCAACCUGAUGUCACAAGCUAGCAGUCUUAAGUUUUGGCUUAUAGCCAUGGAAUGGCCAUUUAAAUGAAGCCUUCCAGCACCUCUUUUAUGGCAGUUUUUUUCAUUUACAAAAAUAUGCUUAGAAGUUUUGAGGAAUAUGGAUUUUUAUCAUUGAAGGGGAAAGCGUUGAGGCUGUGCUCCCUCCCUAGACAAGGCUUGUACUUGGGGAAAAUUUUGAAGUAGCGCUCAAAGUCCAGAGAGCUGAUUAAAUCAGGGGUCCAAUAUGGCAAAUAUUAUAUAUUUUUUCUGAAUGCAAAACAAUUCCUUAUGUGCCCAAGGCAACAUCAAUGCUUAUCAUGACGGGUCAAGCUCGGGAACAUUUUUUCCUUGUGCGGGAAGGCCAGUUGUUCAUCUGUUUCAAAAGAUUUUUUAAGGUACUUCUCUUGAUGCAGUUCUUGUUUUCUUAUUACUAUGAUGUCUUUUUCUCAAAGUAGGAUCCUGUUAGACUCCUUGGCAAAAUUUCACAUUUAUUGCCCUUUUAAUCACAUUGUCUGUCUCUAAAACUGUUGUUUAAUUUGCACCCUUAGAGGGCUAAUCCAUUGCAGACUUCCAUUGAAGCGGCUGCUGUCACCAUAUCAGUAUCCUACAGCUCCAGUGGGGUCUAGGAUUGAAUCUGAGAACCAAAGCCUCUCCAGUGAUGCUAUGACAGAGGAUACCCUGUCAGUUACUGACAGUGCCUUGACUGAGUAAGUCAACAUUAUUUGACAUGUACAAGCUUAAUUAUCAGAGGCAUUGUGAGUAGCAUGUUCCCAAUUGAGAUAUGUUGGCUCAGAUUGCAAUGGAAGACCUUUAGCAUCCACGGCAUGUUUUUGGGCAGCCACUGAAAGACAGUGUGCAAUACAAGGACAAAGAAGCUAGCAAGAAGAGAGAAAUAUGGAGAAAUAUCAUUCACAGCACCUAGAAAUGUUGGGAAAGUCUGCUUGAAUGUAUUUUGAGGCUGCCUCUGUGAGUUUCUAGUCCAAAUGCCAUUUCUCCCCUUGUCCUUCUAUUUACAGUAUCUAAUCUAUGUAAUUGAUAGCAACCUCGAAAUGUUAUACUUGGCGGAGUUAAGGGGGUUUCGCCAGCCAUGGGCAGAUGCUCUGUUCAGGAGCUUACUGGUCUCUUAGCCCCUGGUUUCUUCAGGUUCCACUGUUCAAAGUCAGCCAUUGGCUGAAUUUUUUGUGCAUCCUUUAACCCUUCCCAUGAUCUGACUGUUGUUGCAUUUUGCAGUGAUACAUCAUCCAGAUGCAGUGAUGGAAGACGCAGGUGUUCUUCAAAUCGCCGGACAACUGCAAGUCACCAUGGUGGACUGGCAUUUGCUCCAUUUAUUCCGGUGAGUCACCCUACAUUUUAGUGCAAGAACUUGCAAGGUGAUGUCAAAUGUUAUAUUUAUGGAUAAGUUUGAGCAAAGAACAGAGCUUUGGAGAUUAUAUUUUGAAGAUGAUGAUUACACCCUUGAAAAGAAAGGAUACUAGCUUUAUAAAGGUUGAAAUCUUUUUGUUCUUUGCCCACUGCAUUGUAUGCCAUCCAGGAAGGUGUUUUUGUCCCAUGUGACCAAUUCUCUGCAAAGGCCACAUUACGAUAGUGGUUUGGGUCUUAUGUGAUGCACGAUAGUUACAUGCCUACAAAAAAAUGCCUUUUUGUAGGACAGAGGGGCAAGGUAUUAAUAUCAUUUCUGUUUUCUCAGCGCACACAGCGUGUUCCAAAGGACGCCAGACAUCCAUUGGCCAGUAAUCCUCCUGAAUUUGCAAGAGUCUUGACAGAGAAACUAGAGCAGGUUAAACUAGAGCAAGAAAUUCAAGAGAGAGAAGCCAAGAACUUGACUGCUCAUGGUUCAGAGGUAGGUCAUCUCGUAAGAGGCCCUGUAAGAGUUCAGCAAUGCAUGUGGCCUUCAAACAACGACAUAAGAGGGGUAGGAAAGCGGGCAAACAUCAAAGUUGAAAACAGUGGUGCUGCAGUUUAUGUUGGAGGUUUAUGUUGUAAUUUCUCUUGAACUUUGUUUGUGGUACUCCAGUUUAAAGUUAGUACAUCAAAACUGUGUUUUUAAAAGGAGAAGAGAGGCUCUUCAGUUAUGGGUUUUUGCCAUUGAGGGGUGCCGAAGUAUUAAUUUUUGUGUUUACAGUUUCCAGAGAAACUGAAACACUAUGCAGGCGUUUCGUAAGUCCAUAAUGUCUUUAAUAAAAUCAAUAAUCCUGAAGGGCAGAUACAAAAUACUGUUUGAUUUAGUUCGCAAACAAUUUAUCAGAGUCUAUUAUGCUCUAGUCGUUGCUUGACAUUUCGAUUUUUUAUUCUGUCUUCUUAGAUGCCCAAAAAGUCAAUUCUCCAACAAGCCAUUGAUAAUAGCAGGAAAAAUCCACUUAGCACCAUGGCAAUGUCAGUUGUUCCUGAUCCCGCAGUACCUUACAGGGACACUCACCAGAACAGUCGUGUAGACGGUGGAGUGAGGAGCUCUGCCCCUAGCACAUCUGCAGCAACAGUAGCUAAUGACGCUCGCAGCAAACCUACACAACAUCAGCAAGUGCAAAAAGUUAAAAAACCAGCUCCAGAAACUAAGGAAACAGUUGUUGAUCCAGAACCAAGCAUGCCUGUCCCUACCCAGGAAGCUGAUGUGUGGGAGGAGCGCCCAAGUCGGAAGGAUGACGACAUUCCAUUCCUAACGCACAAUCACCAGCGCAUCAUGCAGUGGAUGGAGGAAGGUGAGCAAGCGCAGCAGGGUUCUCCAAAAGAAUCAAGGCAUCAUCGUCAUCACUCACCUUCCACGAGAAGUGGCUCAAAGAGUAAGCAGUCAAGUUCCAUGAGGCAUUCCGAGACGACGUCUCGGCAUCUGCCCAGUCAGCCCAUCGCUUCCGACCCUCUUAUGCCUCCUCUUCCUGUGCCGCAUGCAUCGUCUGUUCUGGAGGAAACAAGAAGGAGGUUAAUUGAGGCACAAGAGGGUGAGAAAAGAAGUAAACAUCAUCAAAAGCAACGGUAAAAACAAGUUUGUUCUUAAAUUUAUUAAUUUUAUAUGAAAGUUGGGAUCAGCGUUAAUGGGAACCACCUCACAGUCAGAAUAGGAAAAUGUGAAAGUACCAGAAAUUAGUGCAACUGAAGAAUAUUGGCUUUUUUCACUUGUAAAUUCUCUUUACAUUUAUCCUUCCAUUUUGAAUAUGAGUCGCAUUACUUUCAGCUGGUGGAUAAUUGUCAAGAAUUGACCUCCACCAAAAAUAGGCGAUUCCGUCAUUAAAGGUUUGUGUUUGUUCCUGAACUCUACAUUUGUUUGUUAAAAAUAAAGUAGAAGAUUCUUUUUCUUUCAAAUUGUGUGGCUCUGUAACAGCGGGGGCUCUGUUGAAGUUUUUUUUUUCUACCUUCCUAAAAUGUUUGAGAAUUUUGUUUGUGCUCCACAAAAGUCUUCGUUAUUUUAAUCCUUACGAUACCCUUCAUUGCAGAUCAAGUUUCUGACCACACAUGAACUUAACAUUUUUUUAUCAAUAUAUUAGGGUUUCCCUUUGAGGAAAUAGAAGUUUUUUCUCAACAAGAUACAAACAAUUUGAAUUUUUCAGUUGCAAUUGGACAUGCCUCGAAAGACAAACCUGCAAUACACUUGUUGAUCUAACCACCCACAGUUAAAACUUUGUAGACAAAACAAAACUCCAAAUUGGAUAAUUUAAAGACUGGAAUGGCUGUGAUUAUCUCAUAUUGAUUGCAGUGGUCCUGAUAGAGGUUUUGCAAAAUUUUUCUUCUGUGGAUUCUCUUUCGUUUCGUUACCUAAAGAAGGCCACUCGGUAGCCAACCAUUCACUAGACCAAAAAUGUUAUUGUUACAUUUGGUGCUUUGAACUCCCUGAAUGUAGUUGACCCUCUGCUACCAGACAAUUAGUGAUUUUUUCGUGACAUUCAAUCACUACAUUUUAAACCACAUGUAAGUGGAAACCUUCUUCUAAGUGAUAUUAUCUCAGCCUCAGGGGUGUCUGCUUACAGGAGAGCUGACUUUAUUUUUGCCUGUUGCUGAGAUAUCUGCCUGUGAGAAAGCUUAAUGUGAACAUGGUGCAAGUUGAGAUUUAAGAAAAGUGUCGCCACAAGUGUUGAUUGAAUAAUUUCUGUUUUUCCUAUCCAGGUGCCACAUUGUGGGAGAGCCGGAUACCUCAAUACACAGAGAAAAAAAUACUGCAGGAUCGUGUUGUUCCACUAAAGACUAUUCCAAUUAUGGACACAUGUCUGGUGCCCCUCCUGAGAGGCAUUAUAAAGGUGCAGCCCCUGCUACAGGGUCAUCUGCUAUGUCUUCAGUGUCGCGCACUGAUGCAGUGGGUAGAGACAGUGUAUCUGCAAAAAAGAAGGAGAAAAAUGACAAAAAUGAAAUCAUAAUCACAUACUUUUUAUGGGGAGAGCCUAUUCCUUAUAGAACAACCCUUCCUGGAAGAAGUGUUACACUGAGACAGUUUAAAGAUCUGUUGCCUCCAAGAAGAGGAAGUUACAGGUGAGAUGUGGGCCAUAAAUUGCGUAUGUUGCAGUUUUUAUGGAACUGCAAUGACUUCAUCAGUGUGAGUGGGGCUGUCACUAAGAGCUGGGUAUACGAUAGACUGCAAAACAGCCCAGGUUAAGAACGCACGUGUAAGCGGUCGAAGAAAAGGUUGGGAGUGAGGGUUAAAACAGAGAGUGAGACUGAGUGUGCUUUGCAGGAAAAUAUCAUACUAGCGAUAUGGGCUUUCCAAACCAAUUUUGAGAAGAAAACCGACUGUUUUGCAGUCUAGGUAUAUGAAAUUAGUAGCGGGGGAAUUUCUCUUGGUUCUAUAUGCCUUUUGUUUACUAGGGGUCAUGCUCAUGGUAGCCAGGGGGAAAUCUCUGGCCCUAGCCCUUAUUGACACCCCUGGUCGAUGCGUAUUGACCUAGCAUAAUUAUGGUUAACAUGGCUGGAUAUUGACCGAGGGGCGGAGAGCAGAGGUAUCUAGCCAUACUAGCUAAACAACACCGAGCCCAUGCAGUUAGCUAAUCAAAGUGAUAGAUUUUCUUCAUCUUGCAUAUACAAAGGACACAAAAACAGCUUGUACAAAUAGCUUCUGCCAAAUUAACUUAUCUUCCUGUCACAGGGUAUAAGCAGUUUCUUUGAAGGUCAUUUAUUAAUUCAUUUUUUUGAGAAAAGCUUCCAGAAAAGUGAAGGUGAGGUUCGAUGUGGUUGUUGGUUCAGCUUUUUAUUUCUUUCAUUUUUUUGGUUUUAUUUUGUACAAUAAUCAUUUGAGCAGAAAUAAAAAAUUCAACCAAAGAUAACAGUGAACCUUAACAUAAGCAACUAAUCCCGAAAUUGUAUCAAUAACAAAACCAAAAAGUACUUCAUGAUGGUUUUCACAAUUUUAUCAGGAAAAGACUCAAAAUUCUUUCUUUUUUUACAGAUUCUAUUUCAAGCGAUCAACAGAUGACAGAGACUGUGAAGGACCGGCAGUUUACGAAGAAGUCAAGGAUGACAAUGCGGUUUUACCAACUUUCGACGGCAAAGUUGUCGGAAAAGAGAGUUGACUCUUGAGUUCCCAGAAAUUCUUACAGUUUUUAAAGAGAAAUUGUACUUUUAAUACUGAAUGUUUUAUAUUCAGAAAUGAUUUUUAAAUAUUAUAAAGAAUACAGGGUCUGAAAUUCCCACCGGAGGGCCAGAGAAUUGGCGUUACGUUUGUACAUAAACUUAUAAUAUAUUUGUAAAUGAUAUGUUAAUGUUGUAUAAUUUUAUUGUUACCGAGAUUAAAAUAUUAUUUUCAAUAGAAAUCAGCUCUUGUUACUAUCUUUACCAACCUCAUAACUACAGUCAAAUCUCUCAGACGUGUCUGUCUUAUAGAGAGUAAAGUAAAGG